AGGUGGAAGUUACUUGAAAGUUGUUAAAUUAGAACCAAGGGGUCUCACUAGAAAACUGAGUGAGAUGGAGAUUAAAAUCAGCUGUCGAGCCAGAGGUCUUGUUGAGCUAAGGAAGCAGUAGUUUCAAAGAGAAUACAACUAGAAAGAAAUAUUUCAGCUGGAAAUCAGACAGUCUGGGGUGUUGGUUUUGUGAACCAACUGGGGUUAGAGUUCGAAAACUAGUAGGUCCGAACAAGGAAGAGACAGGAGCAAGAGGAAGCGGGUUUUACCUGUGGACGGGGCGAGAACUAAGACCUGGCAAGCUGGGGCACAUGACAAGUGAGGUACCAGUUACUGGGAAGAAGCUGAAGAUUGGGAACCAGGAUGACAAAGCAUAGAGGGAGAAGCAUCGAUAGCUGGUUGGGGUGGCCAAGGAGGACCGUGUCCUUGUUUUAUUCUCAGAGAAUAAACCAAGCAGUAUGAAGGAGGGAUCAUUCCGGGGCAGAGAUGAUGCCGCCUGGCUUUGUUUAUGCCCAGAGUGGGAGCAGACCAAAGGCACGGGUGAAGACCAGGAGCAGUGUGCUAGGGGGUUGAAUCGUUACUACAGCACCGGGAGAGCUUCAGCCAUAGCAUUCCAAGAAGCUUGGUCUACCUGAACACCAUGGCAGGAAGGAACGUGCUGUAUAUGAGAAGUAACCUCCUGGGUUCACGAUGUUGGGUCAUCCAGUCGUCAACAGAAAUCCUCUUCAAUUCAGCGUCAUGUAGACUUUUUGGUGUGAAGUGUCAUACUGUGAAUGGCGAAUCUUCAGAGAAAAAGGAACUACUGAAUAACCUGCUUACUAUGGGAGUAGAUAUUGACAUGGCGAAGAAACGACAGCCUGGAGUUUUUAAUAGGAUGGUUACUAAUGAGCAGGACCUGAAGAUGUUCCUUUUGUCCAAGGGAGCUAGCAGAGAAGCGAUCGCUAGCAUCAUAUCAAGAUACCCACGAGCCAUAAUACGCACAUCUGAAAGUCUUUCCAAACGGUGGGAUCUGUGGAGAAAGAUUAUGGCAUCAGAUCUUGACGUUGUCAGCAUUUUGGAGCGUUCUCCGGAAUCCUUUUUUCGGUCUGAUAACAACCUAAACUUAGAGAAUAAUAUAAAGUUCUUCUACUCAGUUGGAUUGACCCAGAAAUGCCUUUGCCGAUUGUUAACCAACGCUCCACGGAGCUUUUCCAAUAGUCUGGAGCUGAAUAAACAGAUGGUUGCAUUUUUACAAGCAGUCUCUUUGUCCUUGGACCACAAAGAUCCUGCAGAUUUUGUCAGAAAGUUAAUUUUUAAAAAUCCUUUUAUUUUAAUCCAGAGCACCAAACGAGUGAAAGCAAACAUUGAGUUUUUACAGUCAACUUUCAGCUUGACCAGCAAGGAACUGCUGGCUCUGAUAUGUGGCCCGGGAGCCUACACCCUAGACCUUUCCAAUGACUAUGUCAAAAGAAACUACACAAAUAUCAAAAAGAAGCUGAUUUCUCUUGGGUGUUCUGAAGAAGAGGUUCAGAAGUUUGUCUUAAGAUACCCAGAUAUGAUCUUCUUGGCCGAGAAGAAGUUUAAUGAUAAAAUAGACUACCUCAUACAAGAAAAAAUUGACAUUUCACAAAUAAUUGAAAGUCCGCGGGUUCUGGAUUCAAGCCUAAGUACUUUAAAAACUAGAAUCAAAGAACUGACAAAUGCUGGCUAUAACUUGAAUACAUCCAGUAUUGCGCUUCUGUCUUGGAGUCUAAAUAGAUAUAAAGCUAAAUUAAAUAAGUUAAAUGGGUAGGGAAUUGUGUCGGGGAAUUAAAAAAAAAGGUCUUAUGUGUAAUCAUACCAUUUUGUAUUGAAUUUGGACCUUUCACAAAGGAUGAGUACAUGGUCUAUGGCUAACAGUCUAAGCAUUAUGGCUUUUAUUUGAAAAAUCUGACUCGACUCCUUCCCCGUGAGACUGUAAUGCACCAUUCCUCACUGGACUAAGUCACUCAGUAGGGCCUAGUCAAGAUCUGGAGAGAAAAAUGCGAACAGCAGAACCUAGCCCUAAUCUUUGACACCAGACAUUGUUAGUCAGUGCAAGCAAGGUAAGAUAGCAGGAUUGGAUUAUUAGACUGUAGAUCACGGCAGAAGCCCAGUUGCCUGACAUUGGAGAGGGAUGCGCUGAGCUGUGACUUUGGCUUGGCUUCUCAAGACCGUUUCUGGAUGGACUGGUUCCUGGGUGUGACUGGCCAUUGGGUGACUGGAGCCAGGGGUUCUUAACUGGCCAAGAGAUCUGUGGUCUGAGGCUGUUUAAUCACACCUUAGUUUAUUCUUCCUUAACUUUGGAACUGGUGCAGGACUGAGCUGUGAUAUUAUCAAAUGUGAGGACCAGAGGCACUCUGGUUAGGCAUGCUGGCAUAACCAGGCCAGCUGGUUAUUAUUAUUAUUAUUUGCUUUUUGUUUGUUUCCAUGUUGAUACUCCCCAGAAUGAUGCUCUCACCUCUUCCUUCUGGUCCUUUCAAGAUGGCUGCUUUUAUUGCUUGAUUCCACAGGGUCCCCCCUCCCCUCUUCAAUUAAUAGAGGUUGUUAAUGGAAUAAAAUGAAAAAAAC